AUGUGUCUUAAUAUUAUUUGGUUUGGAGCUUCAUGUCUUGCUACUGCUUGGCUUAUCUAUGUUUGGAUUAUUGGUUUAACAGGUACAAGUUUAUUUAUUCUUGGUGCAGUAACUGGUUUGAUAUUUGCACCGAUAUUUCCAUUAUCAUUUGGUUUUUUUAAUCAAAGAUUAAAUGUUAUACCAAUGCUUCUUGGUUUACUAUUAUGUGGAACAGCACUUGGGGCCAUGACAUUGAAUAAAAUAGCUGGUUUAGUAAUGGAUCGUAAUCCAAAUCAUUUUCCAACGCUUUUAGCUGUUUGCAUAUUGAUGGCAAUUAUAUUUUAUAUUGCUUCACAUCUUGUUUACUUUUUUCAUCAACGAAAAAAUUUAUUACAUGCCCGAUCUUCAGUAACUAAUGGUACAGCUCUUUCUUCUGAAUGUUUUAAUGAAGAAGAACAACAAAUGGCUACUUAUUUAAGAAAUCAAGAAGAUGAAUAA